CGUUAUCCAAUCAAACCGAACCGAAAUUAAAUGUUACUAACAUUUAGUAUAAUUUUUGUUAUCCAACUUGUCGUCUCUCUUCCAAGUUCCAACCUUGAAUUGUCGUCUUGGUUCUCUCACACCUCACACACGAAUCACGCCAAUUUCAUUUUCAUGCAUCGCUCUAUUUUCCUUAUCCUCCUCUCCUCUCUUAUCUCCUAAUUAAACUGAUCUGUCUCCAUUCAUGUUGUUAGGGUCAAUAACAGAAUCUCAUUCUUAUAAUUCCCCGUUUUUUCGGAUCACAAUCACAAACCCUAGCUUUCUCUCUAGAUCCUUCCUUUUCUCUAUAAAGCUUUGAUUUUUGUAAUUGGGUCUUUUUGUGAGAUUCGAUUGUUGUUGAAUGGACCUUCUUCGAUUGGGAGAAAAGGGUAUCUUUUUAUCUCAGAGAAGAAGGAAAUGGCUGAUUCUAAUGGCGAUUUCUGGAGUUUCUGGUUAUGGAGUUUACAAAGUUUAUCAUUUGCCAUCCGUCGCCAGAAAAAGGAAACGUCUUUUCAAGAUUCUCGGAGCUUUUGUCUCUGUUGCUGAAUUGAUCUCUGAUUCAGCUGAGACCGUGAGUAUCGUUACACGAGACUUGAAGGCUUUUCUCAGUUCUGAUUCAGACGAUAUCCCCAAUAGCUUGAAACAGAUCGCUAAGAUCACCAGGUCGAACGAGUUUACGGAUUCGGUCUCUAGGGUUUCUCAGGCUCUGACGAUUGGUGUCUUUCGUGGGUAUAGUUUAGAAUCGGCUAGUGUUGGUGAUGAUUCAGGAAUUGUGAAAUCGGAGUCUAGUGUUGUUGAUAGAGUGAUUGAUAAGGUUUUCUCAAAGGCUGGAUCUGGUUUUGUUUCAGUUGUUGUUGGUAGCUUUGCUAAGAAUCUUAUUCUUGGCUUUUACUCUGAUGAGCUCGUGACUGGUGUCAAAUGUAAGGGUUCUGAUUCUUCAGAGACACCUCCUAAGUGGGUGAGUUUGCUUUGUGAUGAUAAGUGUAGAGAGCUUUUAGCUGAUUGUAUUCAGAGAUUCACCAGCACUGCAGUUGCUGUGUAUCUUGACAAGACGAUGGACAUCAAUACUUAUGAUCAAAUCUUUGAGGGGUUGACGAAUCCGAAGCAUCAGGAUAGUGUCAAGGACGUUCUUGUUUCGGUUUGUAACAAUGCUCUCGAGACUCUCGUUAGGACAUCUCAUGAAGUGUUUACAUCUUCAAAGUCUAGUAAUGUGAUAGAAGAGAUUGAUGGUGACGAUUUGAAGAGUAAUGGUUCCUCUAGAAGCAAGAUGGUUUCGGAGUCAGGAGAUGAUGGGAUCAAGAGUAAUGGGUGGGCUGAGACUAUCUCAACGACAUUGGCAGUUCCGAGCAAUCGAAGGUUUAUGUUCGAUGUAACAGGAAGAGUAACAUUAGAAACGACAAGAUCAAUCAUGGCAUUUAUAAUGUUGAAAACGUUUCAAGGUUUCAGAAAAAGUAUCAAUGUGGUUAAUGAAGAGGUUACAGACAGAGGACGCCAAGUAGUUGGUUAUGUCGGAGCCAAAUCUUCUGUUAUAAUCACUGUGUGCCUCGCCUUGUACUUGCACGUCAUAAGCGGCUGUGUUCGGAAUCCUCCCAUAGGCGUAAGCCAGCAUUUUUAGUCUUUCAGAUGAAGAACAGAACAAUUUGUUGGGAUAUAGAUCUUAUUUUGUUAGGUACACAAGAUUUAUCAGCUCUUUGUUUAUAGUUGGAGCUGAGAAUAUUUGUAAAGGUUGUGUGCGUGUGUAUGUGCACAACUUGAUUCUUAUUAAUGGGGAUUAUAUAUGUAUAUAUACACGUUGAAAUGGUUCUUGGCACAUUGAAGUUUAAGAUAUAUAAUAGUCUUUAGAACUGAUUCAUAAUC